AUGGAGGAAAUAGGAGGCUCACACUCCUCGGUCAACCAGACCGAAAAGGGGCUUCACACCCCUCUAGAGGAGACGAAUGGCGCUACCCACCUGUCGAAUACUGAUCAUGGCAAACUCCCGCCUAUGGAUGGCGGCAUGAACGCAUGGCUUUUCCUUGCUGCGUGCUUCGUUAUGGAAGCCCUGGUGUGGGGAUUUGCCUUCACAUAUGGUGUGUUCCAAGAAUAUUACAAUUCGAUUCCUGAAUUCAAAAACAAUGGCAACAUCGCUGUCGUCGGAACAUGUGCUAUGGGAAUUAUGUACCUUGACCUUCCUAUCGUCUUCGCUGCUUACAGACAAUGGCCAAAAUACCAACGCCUCGGCUGCGGUGCUGGCGUUCUUUUGAUGUGUCUCGCCCUGGGACUUAGCUCUCUCGCCACAAAUGUCACCCAUUUGAUUAUAACCCAAGGAAUCUUUUACGCCAUCGGCGGAAGCAUCGCCUACUCUCCCUGCAUCCUCCUGAUGGAAGACUGGUUCGACAAACGCAAAGGUCUAGCAUUCGGCGUGAUGUGGGCCGGCACCGGACUAGGCGGUGUUGUCCUCCCCAUCGUCAUGCAACAGUUACUCGACCGAUUUGGAUUCAGAACUACACUGCGGGCUUUCGCCAUUGCGCUUUUCCUUCUCACUGCGCCGCUUGUUUACUUUGUUAAACCUCGUGUGCCAAUUCCUAAGAACCGGCCUAGUCCACCGCCGCCGAAUCUGCGGUUUAUUAUGACCUCUACCUUCGCACUCUUUGAGCUUUGCAAUACUAUUGAGGCCUUGGGAUUCUUCUUGCCGUCACUUUAUUUGCCGACUUAUGCCGGAAUGAUUGGAGCUUCGAGCAGUCUCCAAGCUUUGACUGUAAUUCUUUUCAACUUGGCUUCUGUCGUUGGGUGUGUGCUUAUGGGCGCUAUUAUCGAUAAGCUCGAUGUUACGGUUUGUAUCCUUGUCUCAACCAUUGGGUCUACUCUGGGCGUUUUUAUCAUUUGGGGAUUCUCCAUGUCGCUUGCUCCACUAUUCAUCUUUUCGAUUGUUUACGGCCUGUUCGCAGGCUCGUACACCAGUACCUGGCCAGGUAUCAUGCGUGAUGUUGUCCGUAAAAAGGCCUCGGCUGAGUCAAGCAUGGUGUUUGCUUGUCUUGCGGCUGGAAGAGGAAUCGGAAAUUUGGUUUCCGGUCCACUCAGUGAAGCUCUUGUCAAAGGAUUGCCAUGGGAGGGAAAAUUGGCUUAUGGAUAUGGCAGUGGGUACGGGACGUUGAUCGUUUUCACGGGCGUGACUGGUGUUGUUGGUGGUGGCAGCUAUCUCGCCAGGCGUUUGAAGUGGCUGUAG